UUAAAUGUUUUACCAAUCAUAAAUUGAUGUAAAUUAUCUCAUUCGUUACAUAAGAAUCAGAUUUAAUGGUGUCUAGUUUUAUGACACGAUAUCAGAAAGAUAAGUUGAAACACCUUGCAAAUUCUAUAGUACGUCUAAUCAUAGCAUGCCAUUAAUGUUGUGACGUGUUAUUUUUUUUUAACUAAAUAAACAGCGAAUUAAUCGCGAAGAUUGGCUGAAAACGUACAAAUACCUUAGAAAGGUAAAAUGAUGCAAGAUGAGCAUCUGGGUGGUCCUGCAAGACGAAAUGUUUUCAGUCAAGCAAUAGGAAGAAUAUCACAAUUAUAUCAAAGAUAUUUGGAUCUUUGGACACCUCAUGUAGUGUCAAGAUGGGCAGUUGCUUUAUUUCUAAUAUUUGUUUUUUUCUUGCGUGUAUUUUUAUCAGAAGGAUGGUACAUUGUCACAUAUGCAUUAGCAAUUUAUCAUCUAAAUUUAUUCAUAGCAUUCCUUACUCCUAAAAUUGAUCCUGCAAUGGAUUUUGAUGAUGGUGAAGGACCAGAGUUACCUACAAGAUCUAAUGAAGAAUUUAGGCCAUUUAUUAGAAGGUUACCUGAAUUUAAAUUCUGGUAUUCUGUGAUGAAAUCUACAGUUAUUGCUAUGAUAUGUACUAUGUUUGAUUGCUUCAAUGUACCAGUAUUUUGGCCCAUACUUGUUAUGUAUUUCAUAACACUAUUUUGCAUUACUAUGAAGCGUCAAAUAAAGCAUAUGAUCAAAUACAGAUACCUGCCGUUCACUCAUGGAAAACCAAAGUACCAGAAUCACGAGGAUACCUCGAGGAGUCCCCCCGUGGAAAUUUGGUGAUGGGUGUCGUAGAAAUUUAAAACAGCGAAAUUGAUUUUCCUCCGAACACGAAACGCGUUCGCGUUUUUUUCUUGAGCCUGAACAUUACGUUAAAAUGAAAUAAAGACAUUAAAGAAAGGAAAAGAGAGAAAAAAAAAAAAAAAGAAGGAAAGAGGAGAGAUACGAAGGGAAGCGAGUGUGGAGGGUGGCGAAAAGGGUGAACGAAUGGAUGAAUGGAUGCGUGAAUGGGAAAGAAUGAGAGGGCAUCUUUUUCCUAACGCAAAUGAUAAUUCGAAAUAAAAAUGUUAACUCAUUGCCGCAUA